AUGAACGCCAAGACCGCCAUUGGUCGAAUUAUUGGCAAGGGGGGCCUAAAGUCGGGCAACUCCAGAGCUGGCAGUGGGCUCGAGAAGGGGAAGCAGGAGAGCGCUGCCCCGCGGAAAUCCAUGGAGGAAAUGGCCACAGGCAAAGCGACGGACCCGGAGAGGAGCGGGCUCCUCCAGAAAAUACUUUCCCUUGAGAAAGAAAAAGAAAAAUACAACCAUCUUCUUGGUGAGAAGGACAGAGAAAUCCAAAAUUUGAAAGACAAACUCAGGUCCAAAACCAAGAAUACUGAAGUUUCCUUACUACAAAAUCAACUAGAGGAAAAAACAAAGGAAGCAGAAAGGAGAGAACGUUUACUUUGUUCUCUAUCAGAAGAAAUUAACCGGUUAAAAUGUAAUUUAUCUGCAGUCAUGGAAAAAUGCUCGGACCUUGAGAACAAAGCCAGUAGUACCUCUCAGGCAUCCCAGGAAGCUGCAAUAGACAGCACAGAAAUUGAAAGACAGUUAAAAGAUGCUCUUGAGAAAAACCAGCAGUGGCUACUGUAUGACCAGCAACGGGAAACGUACGUCAGGGGAUUGCUUGGAAGGAUCUUUGAACUCGAGCAGAAGGCAGAAAUAGUUAGCCAGCAAGAAUCUAAAUCAAAUUCAGAAGGUCAUCUACAAGAGGAAAAGCAGGAAUACUAUGACCAGCUGUUAGUAACUACUAAGAGUGAUCCUAAGAUUGAAAGACGCACGAUAACCCAGCUGAGAUCUGAACUUGAUGAACUUAAAAAGACAUAUGAAGAAACACAAGGGGAAAUGAUGAGUUUAAGUGCCUUAUUGCAAUCACAACGGGUUGCUGAAAUGAAGAAUCAAGAAAAUGAAAAUAAAAUGAAAGAGAAAGCACAAAGACUAAAACAAGAAAAUGAAGCUAUCAAAGAACAGCUCAGAGAAGAAAAAGAAAAGUCUGAAGAUCUUUUAUGUCAAGUGCAACUUCUCCGUAAAUCAUUGCUGAGACAGGAGGCAGAACACACAAGAAUAACUCUGUUGGAACAACAGAUCCAGAUAUGCACCACAGACUUAGAGAAUGGCAAGCUUGAUCGCCAGAACUUGAAGCAUGAGUUAAACCAUGUUCUCAAGGAGUUGCGCAAGGCCAAGGAGAAGAUAACCCGUCUGGAACCUCUGAAACUCCAGGAACCUGGACAUACGGAAUCACAAGAUUUGCAAGACGUAUUUGACAAGAAGCUGACCACAUAUGACAGAAGUCCUCCCCUGAAACACUCCAGCUGCCUUGAUGAAAGUUUUCUUGAGUGUCCCAAGUGUAAAGUGCCAUAUCCAACAAGCCAGCAUAGAGAAUUACUAGCACACAUUGACUUCUGUACAGCUUGA